AUGACGAACUUCAACACCGACCUAACCACCCACUCAGAGUCUCCUUACUUCGCCUCAAACUUCCUCCCAGCAUCCACAGUCCAAGUCCACGCAUCCAACCUCCUCCAAUUCCCAAAUGGAGACCUCUUAUGCGCCUGGUUUGGCGGCUCCCAAGAAGGUCUCUCCGACAUCUGCAUCUACCUAUCCCGUAUGAGCAAAGGUUCGCGGACAUGGACGCACCCGCUCCAAAUCUCCAACGACCCAGAUCGAAGUGAACAAAACCCCGUGUUAUUCCUUAAUCCCCAGACUCGGGAUUUGUGGAUUUUGUAUACCGCACAACCGGCCGGAAACCAGGAUAAAGCGGUUGUAAGAUAUCGGGUUUCGAAAGAUGAGGGACAGAGUUGGGGAGAUGCUAGGCUGUUGUUUGAGGAUGAGGGAUUGUUUAUUAGACAGCCGAUGGUGGUACUAGGAGAUGGAACGUGGGUGCUUCCGGCUUGGUAUUGUCGCUCGCCGAAAGGAUAUCGGUGGGUUGGGAACGAUGAUGUUUCUGUAAUUAAGUACACACAUGAUUGCGGGAAAACUUGGCUUGAAAAGGAGGUCCCGGAAUCGCUGGGAUGUGUGCAUAUGAGUGUUAAAGCAUUAGCUGGUGAGGGGGGGUUUGUUGCUUUUUUUAGAUCGAGGUGGGCGGAUAACAUCUACACGUCUUCCUCGCCCGAUUGCCUUUCCUGGUCCCCACCAAAGCGAACCAGCCUUCCAAACCCUAACUCCGGAAUCUGUUGCGAUGUCCUGUCAUCCGGCCAUUUCAUCCUCGUCUACAACGACUCGUCCUACCAAUCCGGCCAGGCGAAACGCGAAGGCUUGUAUGAUGAUAUCACGCCUACGGACGAUACGAGGGCGAAUCAACCCACAGUGGAUGGGAUUGGAAAGAAAGAGGCGAUUUGGGGGGUCCCAAGGAAAGCGCUAACGGUAGCAGUUAGUAGGGGUGCAGGCGGGGGUGGGGGUUGGGGAGUGAAGAAGGUUUUGCAGGAGGGGGAGGGGGAGUGUUUGACGAAUGAUUCGAAGGGGGAGAGGAAUAAAGAGUUGAGUUAUCCGAGUAUUUGGGUGGAGAGGGGGGAUGGAGGGAGGGAUGUAGUCAAUGUGGCGUUUACGUUUUGGAGGCAAAGGAUUCGGUUCUGUAGGUUUGAGGUGGAAUGGGUGGAGAGUUAG